CGCAUUGGCGGAAGUGCUUCCUACAGCAUGUGUGUGUGCAGCUGCCCGCCCCUUCUGGUUGCACGUGUGCUGCUCGUCUCCCCGGGAAAAGGGUUCCGGACGGGAUUACCGUACACUGCGCCGCUCCUGGCCAACAAAGCGCAAUGCAUGCGACCCAGAAGUGGCAGAACCUGCCCAGCCAACCUAGUCUGAAGAAACUGACUGACCCCAACUAUGGAAGACCUGGGGAUAAGCAGCACCCUCCGCUGCAGGACAUCACUAGAGCCCACGUAGAGUCCUUCAAUGAGGCCAUGACAGAGGGGCUGUACCUGGCAGUUCAGGCGAUGAAGCCGCUAGAAUUUAACUUCAAGAACGACCAUGUAGCAUUUGACAUAGUAGAUGCAGUCAUCAGCCCGCCCAUGAUUCCAAAAGGAAGCCUCUGCAAGGAGCCCAAGAUCUACCCCGCAGAGUGCCGCGGACGGCGCUGCACAUAUCGGGGAAGGCUGACUGUGGAUAUAAGCUGGUCUGUCAAUGGAGUUCAGAAAGGGGUUGUCAAACAAUUCCUGGGACACAUCCCGAUCAUGGUGCGAUCUAAACUCUGUAACUUGUACGGCCUGUCACCCAAGCAACUCGUUCAGCAUCAUGAAGAGGAGCAGGAAAUGGGUGGCUACUUCAUCAUAAACGGAAUAGAGAAAGUUAUCAGAAUGCUCAUCAUGCAGAGGAGGAACUUUCCUGUUGCUAUAACUCGUCCCCGGUGGAAAUCCCGAGGCCCAGGCUAUACUCAAUAUGGUGUCACAAUUCGUUGUGUCAGAGAUGAGCACACUGCCAUAAACAUGAAUCUACAUUACCUGGAAAAUGGCUCCGUGAUGGUUAAUUUCAUUUAUCAGAAAGAGCUCUUCUUCAUCCCCCUGGGCUUUGUAUUGAAGGCAUUGGUUGGUUUUUCAGACUUUCAGAUUUUCACAGAGCUGAUCAAGGGAAAAGAGGACAAUUCCUUCUAUAGAGACUGCAUCACAAACAUACUGCGAGCCGUGAUAGCAGAGGGGUGUCUGACCCAAAAGCAAGUUCUCAAAUAUCUGGGAGAACGCUUCCGAGUCAAGUUCAACCUCCCGGAGUGGUAUUCAGAUGACCGAGUGGCAGAGGUUCUUCUAGAACAGUGUAUUUGUAUACAUCUCAAGACCAAUGUUGAGAAAUUCUAUGCACUCUGCUAUAUGACAAGGAAGCUUUUUGCUUUUGCCAAAGAUGAGUGCAUGGAGGAGAGUCCCGACAGCUUGAUGACUCAGGAAGUUCUAACUCCAGGACAGCUGCUCCUCAUGUUUUUGAAGGAAAAAAUGGAGAGUUGGUUGGUGUAUGCCAGACUUACCUUAGAGAAGAGAGCACAGAAGACUGUCUUCAUCCUGAACGAAGAAAACAUCAUGAAAAUCUUUGGUCACACUGGAGAUAUCACUAGUGCAUGUGAAUACUUGCUAGCCACUGGAAAUCUGCGCUCCAGAUCUGGUCAUGGUAUGCUUCAGGAAACUGGUCUGUCUGUAGUUGCUGAUAAGUUGAAUUUCAUCCGCUACCUUUCUCACUUCCGCUGUGUACACAGAGGUGCUUCCUUUGCCAAGAUGAGGACUACAUCUGUCCGUCGUCUUCUGCCGGAGUCAUGGGGUUUUCUAUGCCCGGUUCAUACUCCAGACGGCGAACCCUGUGGUCUUAUGAAUCACAUGACGGUGGUGUGUGAGAUUGUGACACAGACUACCAUCAAUUCUCAUCUGUUGGUUUUACUUUGCUCGCUAGGCGUCACUCCAGUUGAUGGGACUCCUGGAAAACCCUUUUCAGAAUGUUACCAGGUCACGUUGGAUAGUGCAUUGGUGGGCUGGGUGGAGAAAGAUGUGGCGCCAAACCUCGUCAAUACACUUCGGAACUUUAAGGUAACACAGGAGAAGAAGAUGCCACCCUGGACAGAGAUAGUGCUCAUCCCAAUGACUGGAAAAGCAAGUCUUUAUCCUGGGCUUCACAUUUUUACUACCCCCUGCAGGAUGGUUCGUCCUGUCAGGAACUUGGCUGUAGGGAAAGAAGAGCUGAUCGGUCCAUUAGAACAGGUUUUCUUAAACGUGGCAAUAUUUGAGGGUGACAUUGUGCCUGGCGUCACCACACAUCAGGAACUCUUUCCUCACAGCCUGAUGAGUAUUGUGGCGAACUUCAUUCCCUAUUCUGAUCAUAAUCAGAGUCCAAGGAAUAUGUACCAGUGCCAGAUGGGUAAACAGACUAUGGGAUUUCCCCUUCUAACCUAUCAUGAUCGCUCCGAUAACAAACUGUAUCGCCUCCAAACCCCCCAGAGUCCUCUUGUGCGACCUACUAUGUAUGAUCACUAUCAAAUGGAUAACUAUCCGGUUGGGACUAAUGCUAUUGUAGCUGUCAUUUCAUACACAGGAUACGAUAUGGAGGAUGCUAUGAUUUUAAACAAGUCAUCCUGGGAAAGAGGAUUUGCUCAUGGGAGCGUGUACAAAUCGGAAUUUAUAGACCUAGCUGAGAAAGUAAAAAGCGGAGAAGAUAAUUUUGUGUUUGGAAUAAAACCUGACGAUGAACGGGUACGGGGGAAACUUGAUGACGAUGGCCUGCCACCAGUGGGCGCUGUCCUGCGUUUUGGAGACCCGUUUUAUUCCUAUAUGAAUCAAAACACCUCGGAGACCUUUGUUGUGUUUUACAAGACUAAAGAGGAUUGUGUUGUUGACAACGUCAGAGUUUGCAGCAAUGACCUGGGUAUUGGUAAAUUUAAAGCGGUGUGCAUUACUAUGAGGAUCCCACGUAACCCUACCAUAGGUGAUAAGUUUGCUAGUCGACAUGGGCAGAAAGGUAUUCUUAGCAGACUUUGGCCAUCAGAGGAUAUGCCAUUUACGGAAAGCGGGAUGGUUCCUGACAUUUUAUUUAACCCUCAUGGCUUUCCAUCCAGAAUGACAAUCGGGAUGUUGAUUGAGAGCAUGGCUGGUAAGUCUGCAGCCCUGCAUGGUUUGUGCCAUGAUGCCACGCCGUUCACCUUCUCAGAAGAGAACUCUGCUCUGGAAUACUUUGGUGAAAUGUUGAAGGCAGCUGGAUAUAACUACUAUGGCACUGAGAGAUUGUACAGUGGCAUUAGUGGGCUUGAGCUUGAGGCGGACAUUUUCAUUGGUGUGGUCUACUACCAACGUCUGCGUCACAUGGUUUCUGACAAGUUCCAAGUCAGGACAACAGGCGCGCGUGACAGAGUGACCAACCAGCCUGUAGGUGGCAGGAACAUACAAGGAGGUAUUCGAUUUGGAGAGAUGGAACGUGAUGCCCUGCUUGCACAUGGGACCUCCUUUCUUCUUCAUGACAGACUUUUUAACUGUUCUGAUAGAUCGGAGGCCUUUGUGUGUAUAACUUGUGGCAGCCUGCUGUCUCCUUUCCUGGAGAAACCUCCACCUUCCUGGUCGACAAUGCGAAACAGGAAAAACUAUUGCGCCAUCUGUGGACGUUCAGAUACAAUUGAUGUCAUUUCUGUGCCUUUUGUGUUUCGGUACUUUGUGGCAGAGAUGGCAGCAAUGAACAUCAAUGUUAAGCUGUCUGUGCUCUAAAGAACGGACUGCAGAAGAGAGACAUACCUUCUAUAAAAGAGGGUAUCUAUGUACUCCUUUUGGUGCAGGAAGAGACUGUUUCCCUAUUUCCAUUUACCACUAAAAGAGUAUCUGUGAAAAUAAGGGGCUCCUGCACCCAUAUCCAACCAAGAUGACAGAAAUGCCAUCGUGGGAAAUCUCUGUGUAUAAUGAGCUCUCAGACUGUCAUAAAUUUCAUUUCAUAAUCUAGACCAGCCUUGUCUAUUGCAUAUCCAAUAUGAAGGCUAUUGAGAAUCAGAGUGAACAAGCUUUAUACAUGCAGGUAUAUAGCUGAUGUGUUUUCUGUAAUAUGUGCAUUUCUGUAUUUGAUGCACCAUGGAAACUUGGAAAUCCCUGGAUAAACUUUUAUUCUUAUUUUCUGUUGUUGA